AUGAGGUCAUUAGAAGGACUCUGGAGAACCUGACUGUAGUUAGCAUGUCAUGUUAGUCUUACUAUUGACAUACAGCAACAGUCUUCAUUCAGUCGGAGGACUCUCCUGAUUUGUUGGAAGACUAACUGCUACCAAUGAUUCUUUCUUGCCACAGCAUCACCAUCUACAACAGUUAUUUGAAGAUUAGAUUAUAUGAGUUACAAGAUUUAAAUUUCCCAAAUGUUAGCCCGUUUUAACGUCCCUUUGACGCUGAAACAUUUUAACGUACCGUUGACGCUGGAACGUUUUAACGUACCGUUGACGUUUAAACGGUCUAAAGUUCCGAUUUCCGAGCUAGCUGGAACGCAGCAUAUUUUUUGAAAUAUUGCAAACUAACCGGUCUUUAAACAUAAUAGAUAGUUUAAAGUUUUACCGGCGUUUGUAUAUAUUUCAAAAAAUUUAAAAAUUGGAGUUAGUGAGUGAAUUUUAACUUAAAUUCACAUUUGUUGCUCGUGUCAGGCUUAUAGUCACGUGAGUAACAAACACUAUAAAGCCGGAGGAGGUCACUCUGUCAGUUAAUCUUCGUUUGAGAGAAAGGCGAAGACUAUCUUCCUCAGCGGUCUCAAGGUUGGCCCGCCCAAAGUAAAUUUGUCUUCCAUAUGGCCUCCAUAAAAUUCGGAACCAGCACUAGUCCAUGCAAGGUGGCCUCUGAAGAGGGGGCAAAAGAGGUCGAAAAUUAUGAUAGCAGGGGAAACUGUGAUCCAGACAAACUUCUACAGUGUCCUUUUGACAAAAACCACCAAAUCCGCUCCUGCCGCUUCCCAUAUCACCUAAUUAAGUGCAGAAAGAAUCACCCAAAACUGGCCAGUGAACUGAAAACUUGCCCAUUUAAUGCUCGCCACCUGGUUCCCAAGCAUGAGCUUGCUCACCACACAGAGACCUGUGAGGACAGGAUAUCUGUGGACACUGAAGAUGUUGGAAGCAGAAAUGGCCAUGUUGGCUGGGAUGUUCCAGUCAACACUUGGGUCAACCCAAACAUGACUGAGGACUGGGAUAAAGAGGCAGAUAAUGUUCAAACUCCAUUUGUGUGGGGUGUAAGCUCCAAGUUGAACCAAAUAUUGGCCGCCAGACCCAGUAACAACCUUAGUUCAAACUUCAGAGCUCCCAGUACGCUGCCAUGGCCCAAUUACGAGCUGUAAGCUCUUCCGAAGCCGUUCCUAUGCAUGGAGUGUUUUUUUUUUGCAUGUUUUGAUCGUUUGAAUGUAGAUAAACUAUCUGAAACUUCUCUUGGCUCGUAGUUUCAUGGAUCUCAGUCACUAAGUGCAGAGGAUGUUUUACAACAAAUAUUACCAGUAGUUGAGCUAUUUUAUUUUUUUAUAAGUCUUAUUGUUUUUUAAUAUUGUGACAUUGCUGUUAGAUUUUUGGAGUAAAAGGUUCCUUUGUUGAAGAAUUGUUAUUAAAUGUGCUAACUCUUUUGUAAGCACUAAAAAAGUUGCACUGCAUGUAAACUCUUUUUGUAGAAGUUCCCAUAAUUUUUUCUGAAACACAGUAGUUAAGUAUUGUUACUUGAAUAUGGAAAUUUAAGCAGCAGUUUAGCCCCAUUAAGGGUUAAGAUGGGACUAGUUUGAGAUGUAGCCUCUGAGGUUUACUUUAGGAUUGCAGUAUAGGCUCAGUAGUUAAGUCCUUUUUUUCCAGUGAUUGAAUAAAUUUCUGAGCAUUUGAA